GGAUGAUGGUCUGUGCAAUAUAAUAAAAUAAACAUAGAUAUAUAUAUAUAUAGAGAUAUAUUAAAAUAUGAGAAAGUGGAGUGGGGUUGAAUAAAAAAAUUGUGGCAUUAGAAAGUGCUGUCUGUCAAUCCCGUGGGUGUGUGUGUGAGUGUGGGAGAGAUGAUUAUGUUGGAAAAAAGAAGAGAGAGACUUGGGACUCUAUGGGUUGCUGAUGUGGGUGCUAAGAAGUGGAAGAGAAAAGGGGCUUGGAGAGGUGCUUAUUUUCCCAAAUUCAAUGUUACUGUGGCUUAUCAUCGCUCUGUGUUGCUUGCCAAAUACGAGUGGCAGCCAAAGCAGUCAGCAUUCUCUAAUCAAGAUGGAUUGAAGGGAAUAUAUCGAGUAGAUGUUGAUAUUCCGUCAGAUGACUGGGCUUCCAUCACUGGCUUCUAUGAUGUCCUUGUAUUCAAUACCGGCCACUGGUGGGGUUACGACAAGUUCCCAAAAGAGACGCCUCUUGUUUUCUAUAUGGCUGGGAGACCCAUAGUUCCACCCCUGCAGAUGUUGGAUGGAUUUAAAGUUGUCCUUGAGAAUAUGGUUUCUUACAUAGAAAAAGAAUUCCCACGAAAGACACUCAAGUUCUGGCGCUUGCAAUCUCCAAGACAUUUUUAUGGUGGUGAUUGGAAUCAAAAUGGUAGUUGCUUGUUCAAUGAGCCCCUUGAGGAACAGCAGCUUGAUUUGUGGUUUGAUCCCAGCAACAAUGGAGUGAACAAAGAAGCAAGACGACUGAAUCAUAUAAUUGAAGAGGCAUUACGAGGAACUGAUAUUCAAUUACUUGAUCUGACUCAUUUGAGUGAGUUCAGAGCAGAUGCCCAUCCGGCAGUUUGGCUGGGAAAGAAGGAUGCAGUGGCAGUCUGGGGUCAGGACUGCAUGCACUGGUGUCUACCAGGUGUCCCUGACACAUGGGUUGAUAUCCUGUCACAACUGGUGAAGGAGAGAUUAUGGACAUGAUGGAAGUUGCAGAUCCCGAUGCUG